CGAAGAGCGACCGUUUGAACAACAACAUGCCUGAUCCUCAGCCCAAACAAGCGCCCAAGAAGGGCUCCAAAAAGGCCGUGACCAAGACCGCCGGCAAGAAGGACCGGAAGAAGAGGAGGCCCAGGAAGGAGAGUUAUGCCAUCUACGUGUACAAGGUCCUGAAGCAGGUCCACCCCGACACCGGCAUCUCCUCCAAGGCCAUGAGCAUCAUGAACUCCUUCGUGAACGACAUCUUUGAACGCAUCGCCAGCGAGGCCUCCCGUCUGGCUCACUACAACAAGAGAUCCACCAUCACCUCCAGGGAGAUCCAGACCGCCGUCCGUCUGCUGCUGCCCGGGGAGCUGGCCAAGCACGCCGUGUCCGAGGGCACCAAGGCCGUCACCAAGUACACCAGCUCCAAGUAAACCUGCUGCCUCAGUGCACCAAACCAACGGCUCUUUUAAGAGCCACC